UAACGAUUACGACUAACCUUUUCGAUGCAAUGGUGUAUGUUUUGUAGGAAACUAUGGUGAAAAUAUGAAAAGUUUAGUUUAAAAAACGAUUAAAAUAGUUUGCAUAGUUGGAGUAGUUGGGUCUAGCUUAUGGUGUGAUUGACAUGUUUAGUUAAGAUGAGCACUGAAACUCAGAUCGCAAGCAUAGUGAAUGAUAUUUUGAAAGUGGAGGCAAUAGAGGAAGCAUUUAGUUGCGUCCUCGUUCAUCAUCCUAACAAUGAAAGCGAGAAAAUAACAACAUGGCAGAACGAAUUAAAAGGAGUCAUGACUGGAUUAACAAAGGAACAACAGGAAGCUGCUGUUCGUCAGUUUCUUUCAAUGGCAGCAGCUAUGACUAACCAUAGACGAUUACAAUUAUUGUUAUCUUUGUUACAAAAUCUAGUGCAAUCAAAUUUGCCUGCAAGAUUAGUGUGCGAGUGUAUUUUGAGUUGUGAUAAACUGCAAUAUCAGUUGGAAAAUUUCUGGGUUGAAUGCUUCGUUCUCAUUCGACAUAUCAUUGGUGGUGUUGACUAUAAAGGAGUCAGAGAAAUCAUGAAAGGAUGCAAAGAAAAAGCACAAACUAUACCAGCUCGAUUAGAUGCAUCAGUACAACCGCAGUUAAAAGCUUUAGAGAAUGUUAUUGAAUAUAUUUUCGAUAGAAAUGCAUGCUUACUGCCGAGUUAUUUUAUUGUCAACGAGAUACAGAAAGCUUAUCCUGAUAGCAAAAACUGGCCUCAUUGGAAGCUGGCAAAAUUGCUCUCCAAUUUUGUUGAAAGCUUUCGAAAUACUGCACAGAUGGUAUCUAUAGUAGGACACUCAAAGAUGUUACCAGUAGUUGAACAUACAGGAUACGCAGAUCAUUUGAUUAAUCCAUGGUUGUUGGAUCCUACUACGUUGAAAUUUUCUUUGAAGGGAAACCUACCUUAUGAUCCAGAUCUACUUAAACCGCAAACAGAAUUGCUUCGAUACGUUCUAGAGCAACCAUAUAGCAGAGAUAUGGUUUGUUCGAUGCUUGGUUUGCAAAAACAGCAUAAGCAACGAUGCAUUGUCCUGGAGGAACAACUGGUAGAGCUAGUCAUUUGCGCGAUGGAACGAGCCGAAAAUGAAACUUUGCCGGCUGAAGGAACGGACGGGACAGUCGCUAAUCACUGGGUGUGGUUACACUUAUCUUCUCAGCUCAUCUACUUCAUCCUCUUUCAAUUCGCGUUUCCGAGCAUUGUCAUGGCGAUACAUGAUAAAUUGGCAGGCCGAGACUUGAGAAAGGAGGAUCAUCUUAUGUGGGUCCUCCUGCAAUUCAUUUCCGGCAGCAUCCAACGUAAUCCAUUGUCGAACUUCUUGCCUGUACUGAAAUUGUACGAUCUUCUGUAUCCGGAGAAGGAAUCCUUACCCGUCCCGGAUUAUACCCAGGCACUGUGCACCCACCAGAUGGCCAUCACGUGCAUAUGGAUACACCUGCUGAAGAAGGCUCAGUCCGAACCGGUCUCCAACAUUCACAGACCUAUACCGCACACGUUGAAGGUCCAUCACGAGUUCUUGCAGCAUCUAGUUAUGCCGAACACGUCUCUUUGCAUGGGCUCGGACUAUCGCAUUGCGCUCUUGUGCAACGCUUAUUCGACGAAUCAAGAAUACUUCAGCAGACCGAUGGCGGCGCUGGUGGAUACCAUUCUCGGUACGCAGAAGAAUCAGCAGCAGCAGCCUAUGCAGACCUUGCAGAACAACGCGGCGCUGGCAAAUGGACCUACAACGCCGCUCUCGAUGUCUAUCCUGGACUCGCUGACGGUGCACUCCAAGAUGAGUCUGAUUCACAGUAUCGUCACCCACGUGAUCAAGCUGGCACAAUCCAAGAGCAACAUGGCGUUGGCCCCGGCCCUGGUCGAGACCUACAGCAGACUACUGGUUUACACAGAGAUCGAAAGUCUCGGUAUCAAGGGAUUCAUCAGUCAGUUACUGCCCACGGUCUUCAAAUCGCAAUCCUGGGGUACGCUGUACACCUUGCUGGAGAUGUUCAGCUACAGAAUGCAUCACAUCCAGCCGCAUUACAGGGUCCAAUUGUUGUCGCACCUUCACAGUCUGGCGGCGGUACCGCAGACCAACCAAACGCAACUUCAUUUGUGUGUCGAAAGCACGGCUUUGCGACUCAUAACCGGUCUAGGUUCGGCGGAAGUUCAGCCGCAACUAUCUAGAUUUUUGUCGGAGCCGAAGACGCUCGUGUCCGCGGAAUCGGAGGAACUCAAUCGGGCGUUGGUGUUGACCCUGGCGCGUUCCAUGCACGUGACCGGCACAGGCGUGGACAGUCUCAGCGGCACCUGGUGCAAGGAGCUGUUGAACACCAUCAUGCAAAACACGCCGCAUUCCUGGGCGAAUCACACCCUGCAGUGCUUCCCGCCUGUGCUGAGCGAGUUCUUCCAGCAGAACAGCAUAGCGAAGGAGAACAAGCAGCAGAUCAACAAGGCGGUCGAGGAAGAGUACAGAAACUGGUCGUCCAUGAGCAACGAGAACGACAUCAUCGCGCACUUUUCUGCCGGGACGCCGCCGUUGUUUCUCUGCGUCCUGUGGAAGAUGAUCCUAAAGACCGACUGCAUCAGUCCCAUCGCAUACAAGAUCCUCGAGCGAAUUGGCGCCAGAGCUCUGUCGGCCCACCUCAGAAAGUUUUGUGAUUACUUGGUGUUUGAGUUCGCGAACAGCGUCGCAGGUCAGCACGUCAACAAGUGCGUCGACAGCAUCAACGACAUGAUCUGGAAAUACAACAUAGUCACCAUCGACAGGCUGAUACUCUGUCUGGCGCUACGAACCCAGGAAGGCAAUGAGGCGCAAGUGUGUUUCUUCAUCAUACAAUUGUUGCUAUUGAAGGCGGCCGAGUUUAGAAACCGACUGCAGGAGUUCGUCAAGGAGAAUUCGCCGGAGCAUUGGAAACAAUCCAAUUGGCACGAGAAGCAUCUCGCCUUUCACAAAAAAUUCCCGGAGAAGUUCGCGCCUGAAGGUAUCAUGGAGCAAACCAGUGGCGGGCCUAAUCAAUACCAAAGUCUACCCGUGUACUUUGGAAAUGUGUGUCUCCGUUUCUUACCAGUUUUCGAUAUAGUAGUGCAUCGUUAUCUAGAGAUACCACCUGUUAUCAAGAGUUUGGAGAUUCUGCUGGAACAUUUGGGCUGUCUGUACAAAUUUCAUGAUCGGCCGGUAACGUAUCUUUACAACACAUUGCAUUAUUACGAAAGAAAAUUGCGGGAUCGACCGUUGCUGAAACGUCGAUUGGUGUCCGCCGUUUUAGGAUCGUUGCGCGAGAUCAGAGCACCCGGAUGGGCUUCCGAGGCUUAUCAGAAAUAUAUGACGCGCGCAUACGACGACGCGGUGCAAUGGAUACCAGAAUUAGAUUAUUACAUUCGCCUUGUACAAAGGAUUGUGGAAACAAUGUCUGGCACGGCUCAUUUUCCUGCUACUGAUUGGAGAUUCAACGAAUUUCCAAAUCCAGCUGCACACGUAUAUGUGACCUGUGUAGAAUUGAUGGCUCUUCCGGUUGCUGCAAAUUUAGUAGCUAAUUCUUUACUGGACGUUGUCGCUAAAGGAUAUACCGUUGUGCCAUCAGAUGAGAUACAUUUGUGGAUAAAUUGCAUCGGUUUGCUGUUAGCAGCACUGCCAGAAUGUUAUUGGUCAGCAUUGCAUGAUCGUUUAGUGGAGACUAUCAGCAGUCCCGGUUUGGUUAAUUGGCAAUACAACAACCUGACGCCAUUUCAAAUGUUCAAUUUCAACACUACACAUAACAGCUUACUAGAAAAUAAAUACAGUUACAUGCUCGCAUUGGCACAUUCAGUAUGGCAUCAUGCAGGCGUAGGACAGAUCACCACGAUGCCUCAAUUUAUCAAAGAGAAACUGCAGCCAGUUGUGACUAGCGAAGAACAAUUAAUUUAUGCUUGCCAUUUGAUUGGACCUACAUUAGCAAGAUUUAAUGCCGAACGGCCACAUUGUGUAGUUGAACUCACCGUUUCUCUGUACGAGAUGUUGGAACGAGUCGACCAUACUCAAAAACAUUUGAAUUAUAUGGAUCCAAUUUGUGAUUUAUUAUAUCACAUCAAGUACAUGUUUGUUGGUGAUAUGAUGAAGAACGAAGUGGAAUGUAUAAUACGAAGACUUAGGCCUGCAUUGCAGAUGAGGCUGCGUUUCAUUACUCACAUAAAUAUAGAGAAAAUUCAUACAUCUUGAGACACAAUUGUUCCCACAACAACGGGAAUAACGUCGUGACGUGUUUAAUUGAUUUUCCAGAUUGAAUAUAUCAAUCCGGUCAUUCCAAAGUAGAAUUAUAUUAAUGCGAAAUAUAAAAUAAGUAUAAGAAAUGUAUAUUAUUUUAUGAAAUCUUGAUAUAUAAUCGAUUGUGUACGCAAAAAAAUAAAAUGUGUGCUUGACUAUUAA